UGGAUGACCUUGAAUAAUCCCAAACUACUCUCACAGAAACAUCUCUAGCCUGGGCUGGGUAUGUUGUAAAGAUAAAAGAGAUGCAGCAAUUUGAUGGGCGAUUCACCAACAGUGCUGAGUGAAAGAAACGACAUGGUUCUUCAUAGACUGGCAAGGAAACAGGGCCUGGGCCCAUGACCUCACAGAGCCAGGCCAGCUCUGGAAAGAGCCCCAGUUGUCCCUCCCAGGCUGCCUGAGACCUUUGAUGAUGGAUGAGAGGGAGGAAGAUGAUGAGGAGGAAGCCUGGCUGCAGCUUCGGCCCGUGGAGCCCUUGCCCUCCCAGUGCUGCGGCAGUGGCUGCUCACCAUGCGUGUUCGACCUCUAUAGCCGAGACCUGGCAAGGUGGGAGGCAGCCCGAGCAAGCAAGGACAGAGGCCUGCUAAGGGGGAAGGAGUCACAGAGCUGCCCCUCCAAACUGAGCCGAGAGACGUUCCUGGCCUUCCAUAUCAGUGCCAUGGAAAAAGUCACUAAAGACACCUACCGUGUCCAGUUUGCGCUACCCGGAAACAGCCAGCUUGGCCUGCGGCCUGGCCAGCACCUCAUCCUACGAGGGAUAGUAGAUGGCUUAGAAAUUCAGAGAGCCUACACGCCAAUCAGCCCUGCCAACGCAGAAGGAUACUUUGAAGUUUUAAUCAAGUGCUACCAGACUGGGCUGAUGUCCCGGUACAUUGAGUCCUGGAGAGCAGGAGUCACAGCUUUCUGGCGAGGACCUUUUGGAGACUUCCUCUAUAAACCCAACCAGCACGGUGAGCUGCUCAUGCUGGCUGCGGGCACCGGCCUGGCCCCCAUGGUGCCCAUCCUGCACAGCAUCACGGAAAAUGCGGACGACGAGACCUUUGUCACCCUGGUUGGCUGCUUCAAGACCUUUGAGGGCAUCUACCUGAAAACCUUUCUGGAGGAGCAGGCCCGUUUCUGGAACAUCCGCACCUUCUUCGUACUCAGCCAGGAGAGCUCCCCAGAGCAGCUACCCUGGAGUUACCGGGAGAAGACCCGCUUCGGCCGCCUGGCCCAGGACCUGGUUGAAGAGCUGGUUGGCUCCUGUCGGAGGAAGCCAUUUGCCCUGGUCUGUGGCUCGGCCGAGUUCACCAAGGACAUGGCCAGGUGCUUGCUGCGUGCAGGCCUGGCUGAGGACUCCUACUUCCUCUUCUAGGCCUGGCCUCCCUUCCAGAGCCCAGGCCAGGGGCCUGCCAGUGGGACGCAAGGAGGAGCACGGACAGGAAUCAUGAAACGUGGAUGGAAGGCCACCACUGACUCGCCAGGCAGCCUUGGGUGUCUGUCUUUCCCUGUCCACACCACAGUUACUGUCUCCCUCAGGCCGGUCCUGCUGUGUGGAGGGUAUGGGCUGCAGGGGCUCUGGGGGUGGAGGACCGUAACCAGCCUGGGAGUCAGGGAGGACGCCUGGUCCAGGACGGUGGGAGUUGGUAGGAGAAGGGGCUACAAGAGCUCCUCUGGUUCCUCAGCUUAGGGGGCUUGUGCAGGGCUCCUACCAGACCGUGCCCUGAAUGUCUGCUCCAGAAUCUGCUUCCCUGGAGACUGGUGUGCCCGGGGUCCUCAGGGCUGGCUCAGAUGAGGUGUCUGUGAAGUGUCCAGGAGAUGACCACAGGGGCGGCUGAGAGCUCUCUGGAGGAAGAGCUUGCCUUAUGUACCUCCAGGCUGUGAGCCUGACACAGGGAAGGUCUUGGGCUCUGUGACCUGACCACCUUCUCAGAGCAAGGUGAGGCCCAAGUUACCCUUGUUUUGUAUCGGCCCUAGGCCAUUCCACUGCCAGUGACUUCACUCUCAGUCGCCCUUUCCUGGCUCUGGCUCCAGAGCCCAGCCCAGAGUCCUUUUUCCAGCCAAAGAGGCACAGUCAGAAACGCCCCUCCCUCCUGCAGGCAGCCAGCUCAGCCCUCCUUCAGCUCUGGUGCCCUGGUGAUGGUUGCUAUGGAGAUCUAAAGAUAGAGCAGGAGUCAGGAGACCUGGGUCCUUCUCCCUGCUCUGCCCACUGAGUGGAGGCUGAUUCCAUCCACCCACCCCCUCCGUCCUGCGUGGGGCAUGCCCUCCCCAGGGAAGCCAGCGCCCCUGGGCAGCGCACUGCAGUUAAUGAAUUCUGCUUUCCACAGCCUGAGCCCCAGAGCGAUGUGCCCGCUCAGGCUGGCUACAGGCAUUCCCAGAAUCAGAAUAUUAAGUCACAGAUUCUCAGAAUGAGAGAACCACAGAACCAUGGAGUUAGAAUUUUACAGUCAUAGAAUCACAGUCCUCAUUGUAUCAGAGAUUCAGGUUCAGGACUCCAGAGAGCAUCCAGUUGGCCAGACCCACUGUGUGCACGGGGAAACCAAGGCCCAGGGAGGCCAAGCGACCUGAAGACAGUGAGCAGUUCCCAUCAGGUCCAGCCCCAGAAGCCAGGUCUCCCAGAGACAGCCCUGUGCUCAGAGCUCAGAGCCAGUGGUUUCCGUACUGGGCUCCACAGGACAUGAGGGUUCCUGGCCCAGCAGCAGGGAAGGGACGGUUAGGUGGGGUCUCCAAGCCCGCCUUCCACCAGAGCAGUCUCAUUUUUAUCCCAUUUAUGUCUUAGGGCUUGGAUUCAUUUUCAUUUGUGCAAAAAAGGUUUCCUUGUACUGCCUCAAAAGUUGCAACAAAUCUCUGUACUGUGGCAUGUUCAGUAAAUAAUCAUGACAAGCAGUUGGGGGACAGUGCCAAAGGUGUCAGAUUGUUUCACAGGCAGAGUUCCAGGUCAGGUACACGUGGGGAUACGGAACGUGCCCCGCACCCAGAGCCCCAUGAGCCCACACACAUACACUAAAGGCUCUGGAUGGUCUGGUGGUAAAGAGACUUUGUUUUCAUUUUGUUGAAUCCAGAGAUUCCCAAGCUUGUUUAACCGUAGGACAUUUUUAUGCACUAGAAUCUGUUGAGACCCACGACCCAUGGAAUACGCUUUGGGAAAUGCCGAUCUGUUGCAGAGCCUCUUUCAGCAGUGAUGGGUGGGAGGCCCCUGCCCUGAGGCAGAGGUCCCAGCCUGUGGCUCGGGCAGGACUGGCUUCCUCCCUUGGGACUGCGGGAACCUGGGCGUCUUCCUUCCAGCUUCCUCUCCUUCGGUCAGCACAUCCGACCCAGUCUCCUCACCAGUAUUUCUGGAGGGCCUCCUGUGAGCCAGGCUCUGUUCCAGGCACCAAGGCAACGCAGUGAAAAGGCAGGUGCAGUUCUAGCAAGCGCCACCAGGGAGCCUACUGCCCAGAUGGAGAGCAAAAUUAAGUCAGUGGUUCUGAAAGGGAUGAAUGUUCCAGACGGGGAGAUAGGGAGUGCUAGGAGAGUGGGGAGCAAGGGUUUGUGGCCCCACUCAGGAGAGGGCCAGGACACGCUUCCGCAUGGAGUGUAGAGGCCUCAGAGGUAGUUUCUCACUCAUAAGGGUGAUAGGUAGGGGGUCCCUGCUUAAGGGGUAAGGAGUCCGGGGCAGUUCGUGCAUGUGCCUUUGUCCCUUGUAGAUAUUGGAUGUGCGGCUGUUAGAAAAGGCCACCCAGUGAUAACCAGCAGCCUUCCCCCACCCUGCUGGUCCAUCCGGCCUGGGUACCGGUGGGGUCUCUUACUAUGGGCCGUUGGGAGGGCCCAGCCAUGUCCUUGGUGCCUUGGUGUGAGGUCCCCGUCGGCUGGCCCGUACCUGCCGCCUCUGAUAAUGCCCCCACUGCGCAUCCUGGGAGCCAUGCUGUCGGGGCUCACAGCAAACGCAAUGACUGCCUCACUGUGUGUGCCCGCAUUGCUCCCCCAGCCUCCAGCCUCUCCCCGAUGCCCCUCACACUGCAGCCAGACCGACUUUUUAAUUGUGGUGAGAACACUUAACAUGGGAUCUACCCUCUUGACACACUUCUCAGUGUGCAGUGCAUUGCUGUUGACCACAGGUGCGGACCUCCAGAGCGCAUUCAGACCACCUUUUCUCUCUCCUAGGAACGGAGCCUGUCAGCCCCUUGCUCAGCCUCCUCCAGGGGCUGCCCUCUCCCCUCAGGACACUCAGCUCUGUUUACCUUCGCAGACUUGCUUUACGGUGCCUGCCAGCUCCUUGUCCCCGCCCCCAACUCUUAUGUUCCCAGCCAGUUCUUUCGCAUCAGUCAUUCCCUUCACGUUCAUUUGCUGCUCCCUCUGCCUGGUCUUGCCAUCCUCCUGUCACCUCGGCCUCCUCGUCCUUCAAGGACUCAGCUCAGCACCGCCUUCUCUCGGAGGCCUUGCCUGCCUCUGCUGCCCCAGGCUAGGUUAGUGAGCAGUCCUGCCUCUCUCCUGUUGUCGCUCCUCUCAGAGCGUCCGGUUUGCAGUGAGUAGCAAGGGCCCCGCACCACGGCCUGGGCAUUGAGUCUCGGGCGGGAGCGUGCUCAGCACAUCCUGAAUGUCGGCCACCUGAAACACAGACAGCUGAUAUUAUCAGGGUGAUUUACAGGUUGCAAAAUGCUUUUUCAUCUACACUGAAGCAUGUAAUUGUCACCCAAAUGCAUGCUAUUUCAGUGCCCCGAUUGCCUGAUGAGGAAACUAACCUGCUGAGAUGUUAGGCCGUUCUCCAAGGUCAUGUAGGGGCACACAAGCUGUGACUGUUGCAAUGGUCGUGCAUGACACCUGAGUGCUCCAGGAGGUGUGUGUGAGGAUUUUCACUGCUGCCCAUUUGAAAGAGCAAAGAAUGAAGAAAUGCCUACUCUCCGUCAGAUGGGGAAUGGAGAAAUGCACUGCUCUGGGGAGAUUCAUUAGCGGAGUACCAUGCAGCAGUUCAAAUGAAUGAACAGGCCUGCGGGUAGCAACCUAGACCCCAUCCUAAGAACGUAACGAGUGAAAGGCAAUGGUAACAGGAAAGCUACGGUGAGAUAACCAUGUUUGGAAAGUUUAAAGACACUAAAGGGUACCAAACACUCAGGAAGGAGAUCCAGGGACAGUGGUGGCCUCUGAGGGGACAGGGGAGGGGGCGAGGUGGGGUGGGUAGAGGGCUUUUGUCUUUGUCACUUUACUGUAAGAAUGUGAGCCCUGACCGGUGUGACUCGGUGGGCGUUGUACCACAGGGCGAAGGGCUGCCUGGUGGGCUCUGGUUCGGGGCACGUGCCUGGGCUGUGGUGCUAUCUCCUGUCAGGGCACAUCUGAGAGGUGGCCGAUUGAGCUUUCUCUCCCUCUUUUUCUCCCUCUUAUCCCCUCUCUCUAAAGAGGAAUAAAUAUAAAAUCUUUUUUUAAAAA